AUGGGCCAAUCACACCAAGGUCAUCAUCAUCAUCGUCAUCAUCAUCAGCAGCAGCAGCAGCAGCAGCAGCUGAUCUCGCGGUCACGCUCUCGAUCGCAACGGUGCUCACAGAUUCCGUCCCGCUGGCUGUUCCACUGCGCCAAAAACCACGGUCCUUGUAAGCCUUCUCCCAUAUUUGUUCUGGUCUCGGUCUGUGUACGUGGUGAUAAUAUGGCAAGCCCGCCGGAGGAAACGAAGGAAACUACAGAAGCGAAGCCAGCGGCUGAGGAACAAGUCCCAGAGACGCCACGAAGAAGUCGCCGGGGUUCGGAUAAAGAUGCCUCCCCGACGGAGAAGCGAAUGUCAAGACGUGGGUCAUCCGAAAAAGACGUGUCGGUCCCAGAGACGCCACGAAGAAGUCGCCGGGGUUCGGAUAAAGAUGCCUCCCCGACGGAGAAGCGAAUGUCAAGACGUAGGUCAUCCGAAAAAGACGUGUCGGGGAUGGAAAAAUUGAGAAAAGGCCGCAGGGGAUCAGAAAAAGACGUUGCAGUUGGCGAAAUGUCAACGAAGUCAGAAAAAGACGGCGAUGCAGAGAAAAGUGAAAAAGAAGAUGGGGAAACGACAGCGAGGUCUGAAAAAGACCACGAGGUAACCGAAAAAACUGACAAGGAAGCUUCGAAAGUGUCCAAGAAGAGCUCGGGAAGUACGAGAUCAAAGGGUUCGAAGAAGGGUUCGGACUCAAAAGCUUCAAGGCGAGGGUCAAAAGCAAAGACUUCAGCCUCCAGGAAAAAGUCUGGAGGUCGGACUGCGCCGCAAGCGUCAAAAGACUCUGCGGCAUUGGAUGAGGAACAAGUUCCGCAGACCUCGAACGCGGAUGCCGUCGACUACGUCAAAAUGCGGCUGAUAGCAGCCGGCGCUGUUGUCGUCGUAAGCUGCCUCUUAAUGGCGCUGACGUUCAUGGGGGUAUUGAAGAAGACGGGCCCCGUGAGGAGCCUGGCCUGCGUCAGCCAACAAUGCCAAGAGGUGAUGAUCCACGCAGAGAGCUUAGUGGACCGCCAAGUCAAACCCUGCCGCGACUUCUACCGCCACGUGUGCUAUCACUGGAUCGAGACGCCAGCGGGCAAGCAGCCAUCCUCGUUCAUGAUCGACAUGGCGCGCAACUUCACGCAUGUCUGGCACCGGGAGCUCACCAAGGACCGCAUGCAAGGCGACUACGUGCCGCUGAAGCAGGACGCCUCACAGUUCUACCGGUCGUGCCGCGUCUUUCUUGAAAAACCGAUCGACAUUGGGGCCGUGACUCAAGAGCUCUUCGAGGCGCUGAAGCUACCCUUGCCGCUGUGGUUCGCGGAAACGAGCUCGGAAAGGUUCUUGCACAAUAUCCUUCACCUCUCUCUGGUGAACCGCUUCCACACGCUGGUCAGCACGACCGCUGUCUUGAGCGACUCAGAAAAGGCUCUCCUGAUCCGCAGAGAGUCGCCGUUUUACCUUGUGAUGAAACCCAUUUCCGAAGCGCACCUGGGGAACUACACAAGUGUCGUCCUUAAAGCGAUUGGCAAGGAACACGUGAACGACGCGGUCAUCGAGGAAGUCCUGAAGCUGGACCUCACAAGAGCCCACAUGGUUGUACAGGAUGGCCUAUCAGAACGGAGGCUCGAAGACGUUAGCUGUCCGGGUUUCGCAGCAGAUGUCUGGAGGCGAGCACUCGAGAAGGAUCUCUCCCGGCAAGAACACGUUGUGAAGAUGGCAGGUGUGGACGCAAUCUGCGAGGACCUGAACCGCGUCCUCGUGCGCACAACCAGCGCGGCUCGACCGCUGUACGUGCUGGCACUUUUAUCGGUUCCUGUAAUCACUUACGAUUACGAGCUGUCCGAGGACCGCAGUCCUUUCGCCGUCAAGGGUGCUUGCUACCGUGCCACAGGGGCCGCGUUCGAGGACGUCUGGCUGCAGCUGAUGAGCAGCUUCCUGUCCGUCUCUAAGGCCGUCGAGGAAGGGGUCGACGCCUACAUGGGCUUCAUCAAGUCGCGCAUGAGCGAGCAUAUUCGUGCCAGGAGCUGGAUGAGCGAACGCGACCGCACCGUUGCGCUCGGCAAGGUCGAAAAAGCGCGGAUGUCGCGCUUCCGCACCGCCGUGUUGACAGAGCGGGCGGUCCGGUGCUACGCCGAAAAGUUCAGCAAGUCGGCAAGCUUCACGUCGAACCUGGUGUCGUUGCGCUCCCGCGAUGUCGAGCAGUGUCUGUUCUACCCGGAGUUCAGCGGCAGCGACUCCCGUGUCACGAAGAUCCUGGCCGGCACGGACCUGGUCGCAGAACGGGAGACCCUGACGGUGUACGUGCCGGUGUCCUUCGCGAUUGCCCCGAUGUACUACCGGCGAGUGGUGGACGACAAGUUCGUCAACAUGGCGAUGCUGGGCGUCCAGCUCGGGCGAAAGGUACUGUCCUUCCUGGACCGGAAGAGUUUCGAGCCACAGGGGGCGGUCGACAACGAAACAGCGGCCACCACCAAAGGCGAUGGGUGGAGCUCGGGUACGCUGGCCAAUUACACGGCCAUCCAGACGUGCUACUCAGGCGUCUCGGCCAGGUACCUCAAGCGCCUCGACGACUCCCAGUUCGACGACGCGUUCGCGGUCGUCGACGCCUUGCGGCUUGCGUACGCCGGCAAGCAGCACCACGACGUCGAUAUCGUCAAGAGUAGCGAGAAGCGCUCCAAGGACUCCAACGCGGCGUUCUUCAAGCUCGCCUGCCUUUCGCUGUGUACGGCCCGCAACGUCCCUGCGGACGUGAACACCCUGGACUUCGAGACGUCGUACGCGGCGUGCCUGUUCGCCGUGACCAACCUGCCUGAGUUCGCCCAGGCUCUUCAGUGUCAGCCCAGAGACCAGAUGUGGAAGAUAAACCGAUGCUGUGUCGACUAGACAGACCCUCCCAAUGCGUUCUCUUUGAUUGCUUUCUUUCGAGGAGCUUUCGCUGCUCCCAUCUUUUGUGUUUUUGCCCGCACUUUUAGUACAUAAACGUCCACUUGAUUCGGUU